CAAACUCACAUUUAGGAAGUUAGGUAGAUCUGUGGGUAACCAGUCUCUGGAUCAUGGACUGGCCGGAUUCCCAUCUAUCUGGGCCUUGUAUACUGUGUCAAAAUUUAGCAGUUAUUGCCCCUUCAAGAGCUCCCAAAGAGAAUGUUCGGUGGCAGUUCGACAAAAUACUUCAUGCUCUGGCCGCCUGCCCUCCAAGUGCUCAACUUUCCUUCGCAGCGGCAACAGGAGCAGGCCCCUCGUCCGGUGGUUCACUUUGAGCAUCCUCCGGGUCACCAGCUCCACACCGCGCCCUACUUCUUGAGGAUACCAAGAACUGUUCCUGAUGCCGAUGCCCCCAGUUCCCAGGAGACCGGAAAUGGGCCCAAGACGGAAGUAACCUUCAUGCGGCGUUGCUACAUGAUGGCCGGCCUAUUCUCGGUCACCACCGCGAUCAUGGCGAUGAUCCUAUCGAAGGCCAUUCCUUCGGAAGCCGAUCUCUCGCUGCCUGGCCUUAUUUGCGCUGUGGUGUCUUUUAUGGUUCUUUUUGUGCUCUGCAUCGGAACCAAGUGUCGCAAGCUCUACUGGUUCAGUUUCAUUCUGGCGGGCUGCUUCGCGAGUCUGGCCUGCGUGAGCGUAAUCCUGGUUCUCCUGGAACGGAACCUAGUGGUUAUGUGCCUCGCCCUUCUGGGGGCCUCCGCCCUGAUAGUGACCUGCUAUUUUGCUGGAGCCUGGCUGCCCAGGAACGUACUCCCAGGCGAGGCAGCCUUACUGCUCCUGGUCUUUUUCUUCGUGGUGGCCUCCAUCUUCGUGCUCAUCAUGUUUGUCUUCACAAACAGAAGGAUCUACCAACUGUUGUACUUCAUCUUUUUGGUCAUUACGGUGAUUCCCACAGCCCUGUACCAUGCCCAAGUGGUUCACGGCAGGCGGUUCAAGCUGCCUGUCCACGAAUUCGUGAUUUGCGCCGUCACCGUCUAUCUGCACUUUCUGUUGUCCUUCACGGCCCUUUACUUCCUUAUUUGGACACCGGGUGGUGAUAUGGUCAGGUGAUGGGGCAGCAAAUGGCUGGUAAGCAUAUCAGUGGCACUCGAUUGUAGAAGUACGGCUCGGAUUUGAUUGGAGUAUACUGUCCGAUUGAUUGGAGUGUUACUGCUAAUAAAGCCUCCGUGUUUGGUAUCUUUUGUAACGAAAAUAA